AUGUCAACAUCAAAUUUACUAAAACUUGUUCUUCUUACUGGUGCUGGUGGAAGAAUUGGUAAAUAUUUUGUUGAACAUGCUAAUAAACAAAAAUAUCAACUUCGUUUAAUGGUGCAUUCAAGUGAACCAGAAAAAGUUGAUGCAAUAAAAUCAUUUGGUGAAAUAGUCGAAGGCGAUUUAAAUGAAAUAGAAACCUUAGAUAAAGCUUGUAAAGAUGUUCAUACUAUAGUUCAUUUAGCUGGAGAUCCAAAUCCAAGUUCAACUUUAUAUAAUAUAUUCUUGGCAGCAAAAAAGGCUGGUGUUAAACGAAUGGUUUAUGCUAGUUCGAUUCAUGCUGUAACAGGCAAUCCGAAAGGUGUACAAGCAAAAACAAAUGAACCACCAAAUCCAGGCGACCUUUAUGGUGUUACAAAAUGUUUUGGCGAAGCACUUUGCCGUUAUAAGGGUGAAAAAGAAGGUGUGCCAUCAAUAGCUGUUCGUAUUGGAGCAUUUCAACCACAUUCAACUGCACAAAAUAAAGAUUCAACAAGUAUGAUGGAUUCAUGGUUAUCUCAAAGAGAUUGUGUACAAUUACUUGAACGAUGUAUUGAUGCACCGGAAGAUUUAAAAUUUGCUAUUGUACAUGGUUUAUCACGUAAUACAUUUAAUCGUAUGGAUAUUGAAUCAACUCGACAAUUAUUAGGUUAUGAACCUCAAGAUAAUUUUUUUGAAGAAUCAGAAUUAUUUAGAAAUUUUAACAUGUCUGAUGAAUUAGCUGAACAUGAUGUUACAGAUGAAAGACAAAAGUCAGGUUUACGAGAUAAAUCAGCAGAUGACAAGAAAAAAGAUAAGAAGAAAUAG